UUGUUCAGUUAGUCCCAAUAGCCAACACAUUUGUGUAAUGUAAGGUUCAUUGGUAAAGUAACAGCACUAAAAUUUAUUUAGAAGUUAUACAAUCGCCGUUAAAACUUAACUUAAAACCAAUGAUUCCAAUUUCCCACAAGUCGGGGCCCCUACAGUCAGACAGGGGCCCCUGCACUGCAGCCUAGGAUAGUCUGUUCAUUAAUCCGCUCUGACUGCUGUUCUAAAGUUUAAAGAAGCAGAAUAAAGCAUCGAGGUAGGCGAGUCGAUCAAUUUAAGCACCAUGGACAAGACUUACAUGACUGCUGAUCAGAGGAGUCUGCCGAAUGUAAGCACCCAGAAACUUGAAGACACUGCGUUGAAUUUGAGCACAAGCAACAGAAAACCCACAGAUAACGACUCGCUUGGAUUUGUAGUCCUUGGUUCAGUUUUGAGCAUAUACACCAUCAUUAUAAUCGUUGGCGUCUUGGGAAAUGUAACGCUUAUUAAGGUAUUUGUCACUGUUAAGUCGAUGCAGACAGUCCCUAACAUUUUCAUCGCCAGUCUCGCUAUAGGAGACCUGCUGCUUAUCCUCACCUGCGUGCCGGUAGACGCGAGUCGCUACCUCGCCGAAGCCUGGCUCUUCGGUAGAGCAGGAUGCAAAAUCAUCUCCUUCAUUCAGUUAACAACUGUCGGCGUGUCAGUCUUUACGCUAACAGUCCUCAGUGCCGACAGGUACCGAGCGAUUGCUAGACCAAUGGACCGUCAGGGUGCAGAUGCUGUGCUGAAGACAUGCUGUAAAGGUGGCUUGGUGUGGGUGGUGUCCAUGCUGCUUGCUAUUCCUGAAGCUGUGUUCUCAGAUCUCUAUUCUUUCUCUGUCCCUGGAAGCAAUACUACAUUUGAAACAUGUGCCCCUUACCCAGUGACAGACAAAGUGCUUGUGGAGGUGCACUCUAUGAGCUGUUUUCUCAUCUUCUAUCUCUUGCCACUCUCCAUCAGCUCAGUUUUUUAUGCCCUGAUUGCCAGGAAACUGAUCCAAAGUGCAUGUGACAUGCCAGGAGAGGAGCACGACAAUCUGUGUAAACAGGUAGAAGCUCGGAAGCGCUUGGCUAAGAUGGUGUUGGUGCUUGUCUUCCUUUUUGCCAUCUGCUGGUUGCCAAAUCACAUCUUAUACCUUUACCGCUCCUUCACAUACCACUCCUUGGUGGAUUCCUCCUUAGGUCAUCUCCUAGCUACUUUUGUUUCUCGUGCCCUGGCCUUCAGCAGCUCAGUUGUCAAUCCCUUUGCCCUCUAUUGCCUCAGCAAAUCUUUCCGCCAGCAUUUUAACCACCAUCUUUGUUGGAUGUGCCUACAGCAGAAAACCAUUCAUCGCAAUACCUUUGUCACCAGCAACACAGGGAUCACAAUGGCAACUAGAUGCCUGUCUGAAGGCAAAGGUGAUGGGAGUCCAAAAACUGAAAUUGCUGACCGAAAUCACUUCAAACUUUAUUGAAAAAGAAGGACAGGAAAAUUUCUCUUUAUGAAUGCCCUGCAAAGAAACAUCACUUGUUUUAAAUCCAAAACUUGUAACAAUAAAAUCCUACAUAUUAAAUCACCAGGAAAGGAUUAUUAUUU